AUGGCAAAUACGCAUUCCGAUGUUCCGAGACGCUCAGGCACUACGACAAUAACGGCCAAAACGGAGCCGACCGAUGAUACUUGGUCGGGAUUGAUGGAUCCCGUGGAGAGGCGGAGGAGGCAAAAUCGGUUGAAUCAGAGAGCGCAUCGUCAGCGGAAACGCGCUCAAGAACAUCCAUAUGCGCCACCGAGUACUGCGAUAGUGAAGACAUUACCCCAGUCUACCUCACCAUCAGACACGGCAAAAUCUACAGAAAAUGUAGUGUCCCCAGCGUCCUCAGCAAGCAGCACAACAUCAAAACGCUGCCUAGGCAUCCAAAUAUUCAGCUACCUACAAAAAUUCAGCGAAUCUGCAUACCAGAGCUAUAUCUUAGGCUGUCCAACAUCCGACCACCUCCUAACUCUCAGCAAAGUGAACGUCUUCCGCGCAUUCGAAGCAAUCAUGGCAUCUAUGGGCAUGAACCCGGACCCGGAAUGGAUGCACGACGAUGCAAUAUCGCCAUUUAGCACGCUGCGGCCGGGAAUCGCAGAAGAUACUAAUCUCCCACUUGCGCUUCGCCCAACGAAACUCCAAAAGUCACUAGCACAUCAUCCCUGGCUUGAUUUCUUCCCGGUUCCCAAAAUGCGCGAUAAUCUCCUCCGGGCGGGGGAGUUCGACGAUGAGGAGUUAUGUGUGGAUAUCAUGGGCUUUUGGGAUAUGUCGUCGGAUAGCUGCAGUAUGCUCGUCUGGGGCGAACCUACAGAUCCGAGCAGCUGGGAGGUGACGGAGGCGUUUUUGAAAAAGUGGCCGUGGGUUGUCCGGGGGUGUCCGGAGUUACUGACGUCGACGAAUCAUUGGCGAAGGGAGAGGGGGGAUGCUAUUAUCUUUCGGUAUAUCUAG